AUGAUUAAUAGAAUUGCAUUAAGGGCUGUUGCUCCUACUAAAAUGGCUGUUAGACCAUCAUCAAUUGGUUUAAGAUACAUGUCUACCCCAGUUGAACCAAAGGAAAAGGCUAACACCAUCGUUGAUGCCAUGCCAGGUAACAACUUAUUAUCAAAAACCGGUUACUUAGCUGCUGCCGCUGCUGCUUCAGCUUACGGUAUCUCUAAUGGAUUAAUCGUUUUACACGAUGAAACCAUUUUAGUUGCUUGUUUCACUGCUUUCGGUGCUUUAGCUGCUAAGUUUGGUGCUCCAUUAUAUACUUCAUGGGCUGAUGAUGAAAUCAAAAAAGUAAGAGAUUUAUUAAACGGUUCAAGAGCCAAACACGUCAACGCUGUUAAAGAAAGAAUUGAAAAUGUUAAUCAAUUAAAAGAUGUUGUUGAAACCACCAAACAAUUAUUCGCUGUUUCUAAAGAAACCGCUGAAUUAGAAGCCAAAAUCUUCGAAUUAAAACAACAAUCAGCUCUUGCUGCUGAAGCUAAAUCAACUUUAGAUUCUUGGGUCAGAUUCGAACAACAACAAAGACAAUUAGAACAAGAACAAUUAAUCAAAUCUGUGUUAUCAAAGGUUAACAAAGAAAUUGAAAAUCCUAAAUUCCAAGAAAAAGUCUUAAACGAAUCAGUUACUGAAAUCGAAAAACUUUUCGCUAAAGCUUAG